AUGGCCGAACAAGCACCUCAAGUUAACGGCGUGCAUCGCCAAGUCAAUGGCCACCAAAACGGACACGAACCUUUUUUCGAGGCCAUCAUAGUUGGCGCUGGCUUUGCAGGUCUUCGCGAGUUGUAUGAGCUGCGAAAACGUGGCGUCUCUGCUCGCGUUUUCGACGCUGCGGGUGGAGUGGGAGGUACAUGGUAUUGGAAUCGAUACCCCGGUGCCCGAACCGACAGUGAAAGUUGGGUUUUCAUCUUUACGUUUCUGGAGGAAUUGGGCAUGGAAUGGUCAUGGAAAGAGCGAUUCCCUCAGCAACCAGAGGUCGAGCAGUACCUGAACAAGAUUGCCGACUAUCUCGACCUUCGGAAAGACAUCCAGUUGAACACUCGUAUCGUAUCGGCUCAUCGUGACGAGGUCCAAAAUCGUUGGAGAAUCACCACCGACAAGGGCGAAACUUAUACUUGCAAAUUCCUGAUUACAGCUGCUGGAGUCCUGGCCACGCCACUCCGGCCACCUUUUCCUGGUCUGGACUCGUUUCAAGGUGAAUGGUACCAAUGUGGACUGUGGCCCAACAAGAAAGUCGACUUCACAGGGAAGAGAGUCGGACUUAUUGGAGCAGGGGCCACGGCAGUCCAAGUUGCACCGAUUGUCGCCCACAAUGCGAAGAGCCUCACCAUGUUCCAAAGGACACCCAACUACGUUGUUCCAGCUCGUAACUACCCGAUCACCAAAGACCAGAUGGACGAAAUCACCAGAACCAACAAAGAGAUAUGUGAACGCGCCCGGACUCAUUCCAUGGGUUUCGAUAUCAUUGAUUCGAAAUUGAAAUUCGACGACCUGGAGGACGAGAAGGCCAUUCAACGCGUUCUCGACGCGGGUUGGGAAAAGGGCGGGUUUCAUUAUUUCUUCGAGACGUUCGCAGACACGCUCACCAACCCCAAGACCAACGAGGUGGCCUCUGAGUUUGUUCGCAACAAGAUCCGUGCCAUUGUCAACGACAAGAAAACGGCGGAGCUCCUAUGCCCUACCUACCCAAUCUUUUCCAAGCGACCACCAGCUGGACACAACUACUACCAAACGUUUAAUCGGAGCAACGUCGAGCUUGUCGACGUCAAAAACGACCCUAUUCAGGAGAUCACGCCAAAGGGGGUCAAGUUGGCAAGCAAUAAAGAAUACGAAUUUGACAUGAUCAUCUUCGCUCUAGGGUUUGACGCCGUCACCGGCACCAUAGCAAACAUCGGUAUUCACGGUAGUGAUGGCCAACCAAUUGGUGACGUGUUCAAAAAGGAACUAACGACAUCAUACGGCGUCACCAUCCCAGGGUUUCCGAAUCUAUUCAUGAUCUUUGGACCCCAAACUCCCUUUGCCAACGGACCGAUGGUCAUUGACAUCGUCGCCGACUAUAUCGGGAAGACGAUAUCGUACCUGAAAAGUCACGACAUCGACCGCAUCGAGUCCAAGAAGGAAGCGGCCGAACGCUGGAGCUCCGAGGUCAACCACGUUUUCGAGCAAACCGUGGUCGCUCAAACGGCAAUGGACGUCAAGUCAUGGUAUGUGGGCGCCAACAUCCAAUCCAAGCUCCACAAGACUCUACUCUACUUUGGGGGAAUACCGAGGUACAUGGAGAUACUGAACAAGGAGAUCGAGGAGAGAUAUCCCUCACAUACCUUGUCUGGACCGAAGGAAGUUACGGUGUAA